CUGCGGAGCGGGGUCCGGGCAUCAGGGACCGGGACCCGGGGCGGGCAGUGGGGGUCCCGCCGGGGGUCUCAGAUUACCCGCGACUUACCUGGACCUCACUUCCCCCCAGGCGACUUCGCCCCCAGACCGCCCACCGCAACCAUGGUCUCCAAAUCCGACCAACUGCUCAUCGUCGUGUCCAUCCUAGAAGGUCGCCAUUUCCCCAAACGUCCAAAGCAUAUGCUUGUAGUGGAAGCAAAGUUUGAUGGAGAACAGUUGGCUACUGAUCCUGUGGACCACACUGACCAGCCAGAAUUUGCUACUGAGUUAGCCUGGGAAAUUGACAGGAAGGCACUUCAUCAGCACAGGCUGCAACGUACUCCUAUCAAACUCCAGUGUUUUGCCUUGGAUCCUAUAACUUCAGCCAAGGAAACCAUAGGUUACAUCGUUCUGGAUUUAAGAACCGCCCAAGAAACAAAGCAGGCACCAAAAUGGUACCAGUUGCUGAGUAAUAAAUACACCAAAUUCAAGUCUGAGAUUCAGAUAAGUAUUGCUUUGGAAACCGAUACAAAGGCACCAGUGGAUAGCUUUAAAGCAAAGGGGGCUCCCCCUCGAGAUGGAAAAGGCAUCAAUCAUACUCUUCUGUGCCGAAGACCCCCCACUUAGGCCUUUGGACCCAAAUAUCACUUGCCUCCUGGACAUCUUCUUUUGGAUGACCUCUAGGCACCAUGAACGCAAUAGAUGGUUAAAUUGAACUUCAGUGAUGUGUUUGCCAAAAUGGCAUAUGUCAUAAGUAGUGAAAUCAGGAUAUGAACUUGGAAGUCAGAUUCUAGAGCCUUUAGUAUUUUUUCCCUCAGUGAAAAAAUAUUUUUAAGAAUUUGUUUUCUGUUGUGAAAUAAUCUGUCUUCCCCAAAAGUUGGAAGUAUGUUAUGAAGAAGAAUAUUUUUCCCUGGACUAUUUGAGAGGAAUUUACUACCUAAUGCACCUGAAUAUUUGGAGUAUUUAUUAGAGCAUUCUCCUUCAUAAUCAUGGUAUAUCCAUCAGAACUGGGAAAUUUACAUCAAUAUAUGAACACAUGUAACCUUAUUACAUUAACGAAACAUUGAUACAUUAUUACCACCUAAUUUCAUUUGAGUUUUGUUUUACCAAUUGUCUUUUCCCAAUAAUUUCUGUUAUAAGUAAAGGAUUUAGUUUAAAAUUAGAUGUUUAUAUUGAAUUGUUGUAUCUGUGUAUUCUGAAAUAGUUCCUUGAUCUUUCCAUGACCUUAAAAUUUUGAAAAUUGCAGGCCAGUUAAUUUGUAGAUUGUUUCAUGACUUGAGUUUGUCUGAUUUUAGAUUUAGCUUAUGCAUCUUUGGCAGGAAUAUCACCGAAGAGAUGCCACGUUCUUCCCAUUGCAUCUUAUCAGUACCUGCCAUCCUGGCUGGACUUGACCCCAGGGACAUUGUGGCUGUGCUGAAUGAAGAGGGAGGCUACCAUCAGAUUGGACCAGCAGAAUAUUGUACUGACUCCUUCAUUAUGUCAGUGACCAUAGCAUUUGCCACCCAGUUGGAACAGUUAAUUCCAUGUACCAUGAAACUUCCAGAAAGACAGCCUGAGUUUUUCUUCUACUACUCUUUACUGGGAAAUGAUGUUACAAAUGAACCCUUCAAUGAUUUGAUCAACCCAAACUUUGAGCCAGAGAGAGCAUCAGUUCGCAUCCGUAGCAGUGUAGAAGUUCUUCGUGUUUACUUGGCUCUUCAGUCUAAACUACAGAUUCAUCUCUGCUGUGGAGACCAGUCACUUGGAAGUACAGAAAUACCUUUAACUGGAUUACUUAAAAAGGGCAGUACAGAAAUCAACCAGCACCCAGUCACAGUCGAAGGUGCUUUUACCCUUGACCCUCCAAACAGAGCCAAACAGAAGCUUGCACCUAUUCCUGUGGAGCUAGCCCCAACUGUGGGAGUGUCUGUGGCUCUGCAGAGAGAAGGCAUAGACUCCCAGUCUUUAAUUGAAUUAAAGACCCAGAAUGAACAUGAGCCAGAGCAUUCAAAGAAGAAAGUUUUAACCCCCAUAAAGGAGAAGACACUUACUGAGCCAAAAUCACCAAGAGUGUCCCCUGUUCCAUCUCACAACCAGUCACCUCCAACAAAAGAUGAUGCAACAGAAAGUGAAGUGGAAAGUUUACAGUAUGAUAGGGACACCAAACCAAAUCCAAAAGCCAGUUCUUCUGUACCUGCUUCACUGGCCCAGCCAGUGACUACAUCCAAUGCUUCAGAAGUAGCUUCAGGACAGAAGAUUGCUGUUCCAGCAACAUCACAUCAUUUUUGCUUUUCAAUAGACUUAAGGAGUAUACAUGCCUUGGAGAUUGGUUUUCCAAUCAACUGUAUAUUAAGGUACUCAUAUCCAUUCUUUGGAAGUGCAGCUCCUAUUAUGACUAAUCCUCCUGUAGAAGUUCGGAAAAACAUGGAAGUUUUUCUUCCGCAAUCUUACUGUGCAUUUGAUUUUGCAACUAUGCCUCAUCAGCUGCAAGACACUUUCUUAAGGAUUCCAUUACUGGUUGAACUAUGGCACAAGGAUAAAAUGAGUAAAGAUUUACUUCUGGGAAUUGCGAGAAUCCAGCUUUCUAAUGUCUUGUCUUCAGAAAAAACUCGUUUUUUAGGUUCUAAUGGUGAACAGUGUUGGCGUCAAACUUACAGUGAAACUGUGCCUAUUAUAGCAGCACAAGGAUCAAAUAACAGGAUAGCAGAUCUUUCUUACACAGUGACUCUAGAAGAUUACGGACUAGUAAAAAUGCGUGAGAUUUUUGUCUCUGAUUCAUCUCAGGGUGUGUCUGCCAUACAACAAAAGCCAUCUUCUCUUCCUCCAGCACCUUGUCCUUCAGAGAUCCAGACAGAGCCUCGUGAAACCUUAGAAUACAAAGCAGCACUUGAACUAGAAAUGUGGAAGGAGAUGCAAGAAGAUAUAUUUGAAAAUCAGCUGAAGCAGAAAGAACUGGCUCAUAUGCAAGCUCUUGCAGAGGAAUGGAAGAAAAGGGACCGAGAAAGAGAAUCACUAGUAAAGAAAAAGGUGGCUGAAUAUACUAUUCUAGAAGGAAAACUUCAAAAAACUCUAAUUGACUUGGAGAAGAGAGAACAGCAGCUUGCUAGUGCGGAAUCAGAGCUUCAAAGAGAAAAAAAGGAACUGCAAUCAGAACGUCAACGGAACCUGCAAGAACUGCAGGACUCUAUCCGUAGGGCCAAAGAGGACUGUAUUCACCAAGUAGAACUAGAAAGGUUAAAAAUCAAACAGCUUGAAGAGGAUAAACACCGCCUUCAGCAACAGCUUAAUGAUGCUGAAAAUAAGUAUAAGAUUUUGGAAAAGGAGUUCCAACAGUUCAAGGACCAGCAAAACAACAAACCAGAAAUCCGUCUACAGUCUGAAAUAAAUCUUCUCACCUUGGAAAAGGUUGAACUUGAAAGAAAGUUGGAAUCUGCAACUAAGUCUAAACUGCAUUACAAGCAGCAGUGGGGACGAGCUUUGAAAGAACUUGCCAGACUUAAACAGAGGGAACAAGAAAGUCAAAUGGCUCGUCUUAAAAAACAGCAGGAAGAAUUGGAACAGAUGAGACUACGUUACCUGGCUGCUGAGGAAAAAGAUACAGUAAAAACCGAGCGACAAGAAUUGUUGGAUAUAAGAAAUGAAUUGAACAGGUUAAGGCAACAAGAGCAAAAACAAUACCAGGAUUCCAGAGAGAUUGCAAGUGGAAAAAAGGAUGGUCCCCAUGGCAGUGUAUUGGAAGAAGGCUUGGAUGAUUAUUUGACUCGCCUAAUAGAAGAAAGGGAUACUUUGAUGAGAACGGGUGUGUAUAAUCACGAGGAUCGAAUAAUAAGUGAACUCGACCGACAGAUCAGAGAGAUUUUGGCAAAAAGCAAUGCCAGUAAUUAAUAACAUUUGGAAGAGCUUUAUAGAGACUCUAAAUUUUAAUUUCUUUGUAAAACCUUCAAAAGUGAGGAAAAUGGAUGUUUUAAAAUGGUAUUUUCAAUUUUUUAUAAGCAAAAUUUUGUAUGUUAUUGUAUAGUAUUUAUUUGAUCUUAUUUACUUUAUGCUACCUCUCCCACACUGGUUUUAUUUGUAAUUUGCAUUUUAUAUACUCAUUUUAAAUGACUUUUCAGUGUUUUUCAUAGUUUAUAAUCUGAUGGCUAACUUUCAAAACAGCUUUUCACUAAGUUAGUUGUAGGAGAAAUGACUGCGGUAAUUUCCAGUUCUAUAAUAUUUCAUGUUGAGCCAAAAGAGUGUAUCUUGCACUUUAAAAAAGCUGCGUCCUAUUCCAUUUGAAUGUAAAUUUUUAAAAGUUGAGACCAAUUGUAACCAGUUUAACUCAUUUUAGAUGACCUUUUUUUCUUAUAAUAUUUGCAAGUGACAAGUUUGAAAACAAAGUAAGAUCAGUGCAGAGAAGCCAUAUGUCAUGUUUGGUGACAAAUUGGUCAUUUGUUUAAAUAAAGUUAAUACAGAUUAAAUUUGUUUCAAGAGCUAUUGAAUUUUCAAAUUCUCAGUGUACUUAUAACUUUUAAGAACAUGAAGUAUUAGCUUAAUAUAGUUUUCUCUGUUGGUUUCUUCCUCAAGUUUGCAUUGUUUUAUUUUGUUAAAAUUAGAGAUUUGUUUUUAUUUUCCAGUUAUAGUAAUACUAGCUGUCAGCUUAAACCCUCUGUAAUAGAACAUGGAAACAGACACAUAAAGACAUUAGCUGAAAAAAUGGAGUGAAAAUCAACUAUUUUUUACUCCCCCUAAUUUCAGUCAAUCUUUUUCAAAGUGCACGAGAUUCAGUCAUUGAAUUUAUUCAGUGCCAUGUCUGUAUAAACUCUAAGAGUUCCUUUAUAUCAUAUUCUUCAGAGCCAACAUUUGUCCUCAAAGCAACGCUUCCCACCUCCUUUUACAGAGUACUGAAAAAGUUUUAGCAAAGUCACAGAUUAGGUUGAAUUUCAAAAUAUAUGUACUUUAAAAAGUUCUGAUUUCCAAAUAUAAUUAAGUAUAUACUUUAGGAAGUUACCAAUAACUUCCAUCAAAGCAGAGUAGGAUAUAUGGUAACAUUAAUUUUCUGUCAUUUUAAAUGAGAUAUAUUUCUUAUUAGGGAAAUUAAAGUCCCUAUGCUUUUAUUUUUUUCCUUAUUAACAGAGUAUUAAUCUUCUAAAAAAUAACCCAGCAGUAAAUAAUAAAUUACUGAAUGAGAGGAUAAUGAAUCUGUGAAUCAUAGCAGGAAUUUGCAAUAUUAAUUAUGAUUAGCUAUUUUUCUCUCAUUGAUUUUUGUGCCACUUGAAUGGAACAGAAGCAUGCCUUUUGUUUUGAAAGGUCUGGGGUAAAAUGCUGUGACUGUUUACUGCAAUUGCAUUGUGUGUUGCCUGAGACUGCUUUCAAACACUAGAGGGGGCCUCUGAUUUAGAGAAACAAAAAGGGCUUUUCUAAAAUGGAUGUGUAUUUUAUUUUCCCUUCUGUAAAGCUCUUUUGGCUAUUGUAAUUUAACAAAUAAAAUCAUAAUUGUGUGCAUC